AUGUUUCAUAUAUUCCGUUGGCGACGUUUGCAUCAAAAUGAAAAUAUGGCACCUACAGACCUUACAGUAAAUCCAGAAACUAAAGACUCUCAUUCACGACAUCAUCGAUUACGACUCUAUCAUGGAAAACAGCCAUUCGAACGUUUAUUUCAUGUUAGAAGACAUCGAUCACCUUCUGAUUAUGAUAAACGACAGGUAAUUUAA